UGUGCGCGGGUCCUAGGCCACCAGCCGGAGCUGGGAGCUUGCGGAGGGCGCUCGGGCCUCAUCUUGAGUGGUCAGAGGUCCUCAGGAGCCCUCCGCGUCCUUUCUUUUUCGUUCACACACCCCGGCCUCAGGGGUUAGGCGUCCUGGCAACAGCCUCUGAGCCGGUGCCUGGCGUGUGGAGGUGGACGUAGCUCACUGGCACGUUACCACAGAAGAGUCAAAGCUUCCUUCUCAGCCACCGCAGAGCAAGAAGAAGAAGAAUAUUUGCUGGCAAGUUCUAGGAGGAGUCUAUCAUUUUCUUCUUUACCAUGAAGAGACUUGGAAAUUAAUGGGUAACAUUUUGCAUGAAAAUUUCUGAACAUUUUUUCUUCUUAUCUCUGAGGACUUCUGUGGAGAAUUAAUAGAAGGUUGAAUGUGUGCAUGUAUAAAAUGGAUCAUCUUAAAGGACUGAAGUUCCAAAAAUAUAUCAGCAGGACUGGACAGGUUUGACAUAAUGAGAUUUCUAUUUUAGCUUGACUUCUAGAGCUCUGGAAUAAACUAUAAACUGAGCUAGCUACACAAGGUUCUAGGAAGGAAGUUUUUCUUCUAAAAUAUUCUAGUUGCAUAUAAUAUUUUUCUUCUUCAGAUGCUUUGAAAAAGUAUAGUCAUCAAUUUCCUGAAGAAUAAGAUUAUUAGACACUUACCAACUUUUAAUACAUGAGGUGGGAUUGAAAGGAGCAAUCUAUAUCAUACUGUUAAACAAAUUUAAUUAAAGAAAUAGACACCAGGAAAUAAGAGGAGAGAUCUCUACAUAAGCAUUGACUGAGAUGGCAGAAGCUUCUGUGGAUGCCUCAACUCUGCCGGUAACAGUGAAAAAAAAGAAAAGCCUGUCCAUUGAGGAAAAGAUCGACAUUAUAAAUGCAGUGGAGAGUGGCAAGAAAAAAGCAGAGAUUGCAGCUGAAUAUGGAAUAAAGAAGAAUUCAUUGUCUUCUAUUAUGAAGAAUAAAGACAAAGUUCUAGAAGCCUUUGAAUCUCUAAGAUUUGAUCCAAAGAGAAAAAGACUGAGAACUGCUUUUUACACAGAUCUGGAAGAGGCAUUAAUGAGGUGGUAUCGAAUUGCUCAGUGUCUAAAUGUACCGGUUAAUGGACCAAUGUUGCGUCUAAAAGCUAAUGAUUUUGCCCAGAAAUUGGGUCAUAAUGAUUUUAAGUGCAGUAAUGGUUGGCUGGAUCGUUUUAAAUCCAGGUAUGGUUUAGUAUUCAGAGCUCAACCUGCAGAAGCUACAGGUGUAUCAGUAGACCCUUCAACUGUCUGGUGCCAAAAUGUACUUCCUUAUUAUUUAAAUGAUUAUCAUCCUAAAAAUGUUUUUAAUAUAAAAGAGACUGGGCUGCUUUAUCGAAUGUUACCUACAAAUACAUUUGCAUUUAAAGGAGAAACAUGCUCAGUUGGAAAGUUAUGCAAAGACAGAAUCACUCUGGUGGUUGGCACAAACAUGGAUGGCUCAGAGAAACUUCCUUUGCUUAUCAUUGGAAAAAACAGAAAUCCACAUUGUUUCAAAGGUAUAAAAUCAUUGCCUGUGUAUUAUGAAGCUAACAGAAUGGCAUGGAUGACCUCAGAUGUAUUUGAACAAUGGAUGCAGAAGCUUGAUGAGAAAUUUCAAGCCCAGCAACGAAGAGUGGUGAUUUUUGUUGAAUCUUUUCCUGCACAUCCAGAGGUAAAGAACCUAAAAUCCAUUGAGUUAGCAUUCUUUCCAUCAUGUUUAUCUUCUAAAUUUAUAGCUAUGAAACAAGGUGUUAUUAAAAACCUUAAAAUCAGAUAUCGACAUUGUCUCAUUAAGAAAUUUUUAAGCUCUGUUGAAGGCAGCAAAGAAUUUACAUUUUCACUACUAGAUGCAGUUGAUACAUUACAUCUAUGUUGGAGGGCUGUAACCCCAGAGACUAUUGUUAAAAGCUAUGAAGAGGCAGGAUUCAAGUUGCAAAAGGAAGAAAGUGACACAACAAAAGCAGAAAAGGCUACUAGUGUUGAUUUGGUUGCCGAUGCUCUGGGAGCAGGGGUGGAAUUUCCUGAAGGUUUAUCUAUAGAAGAGUAUGCUGCACUGGAUGAUGAUUUGGAGACAUGUGAAGCAGCACCAAGUGACGAUACAGUCUUGACCAAAGAGAGUAAAUCAGAUGAAACUGGAUUUUAUACUUCUGAUGAAGAGGAUGAUGGUGGAUCUCUAGAAACUGAACUCCCGUUACCAUCAAAAAAUGACGCAAUAACUGCUUUAGAUACUCUUAAAAAAUUUCUUAGAAGUCAAGAUAUGAAUGAUGGACUUCAUGAUUCUUUAGCAGACCUUGAAAAUUUUAUUAACUCUUUAUCACUUAAGUAGUUAUUUAUUGUACAACAUCUGAAGAUUAUUAGCUUUUCCUGAUGUGUUUUACUAUAAUAAGGUAUGUGAAGGAGAAAUACCUCUUGAACAUAAAACAUGAAAAACU